AUGGCUUCUUCAAGCUACCAGUCAUCUUGGACACCCCCUACGCGUCGCACGGAAGAACCUGUCUUGAAAGUUUACAACUCGUUGACUAGGUCGAAGACUGAUUUCAUACCCGAAGAUGGACGACACGUCAAAUGGUAUAACUGCGGGCCAACAGUAUACGACUCGUCACAUAUGGGGCACGCGAGGAACUAUGUCACUCAGGACGUCCUGCGGAGGAUAAUGACGGACUACUUUGGAUACGACGUCCAUUUCGUCAUGAAUGUGACCGACAUAGACGACAAAAUCAUCCUACGUGCCCGACAGAAUCACCUCAUCGAACAGCUGCGCGAAAGAACGACAGUUCUCACUCCUUCUUUCGUCAACGAAACCCGCGAAUCAUGGGCUGCGUUCAUUCUCUCCAAGAAAUUAUCCAAGGGUUUGCCAGCGGAGGAUCUCCCGGCGCCUGGGAAAGAAGCCGAAUCCUGGCCGUCGCUCGUACAGAGGUUCAAUGACAAGAACUGGCGCGCCGAAGGGCUCAAACGCGACGAGAAGUUCGAGAUGAACUUCAAUUCUGCCAACAGGACGUUCAACGCGAUCGCUGCUGCAGAGUCUGCACUCAAGUCCGGUGAUACGAGCCAAGAGGCCGCGCAUCGCCUGAUCGAGGAGGCAAAGGAUGUCCUGGCGAUUUCCUUGGACCAGCAGUACGGUGCAUCUGUCACCGAUCCGUCCAUCUUCCGCAAACUCGCAGCGUACUGGGAGGAUCAAUUCUUCAACGACAUGCGCCGCCUGCGUGUCCGAGACCCCGACACUCUCACCCGCGUCUCCGAGUACGUUCCCGAGAAUGUCGCGUUCGUGGAGAAGAUCAUCCAGAACGGCUACGCCUACGAGGCUGACGGGAGCGUCUGGUUCGACGUCGAAGCAUUUGACGGCAAGAACGGCCACGAGUACGCGAAGAUCGAGCCAUGGAGCAAAGGCAACGAAGAUCUGCGGGCGGAGGGCGAAGGCGCGCUGUCCGUGAAAUCCAAGACGAAGUCCAAAGCGGACUUUGCAUUGUGGAAAUCGUCGAAACCCGGCGAGCCGUCGUGGCCGUCGCCGUGGGGCCCCGGCCGGCCGGGCUGGCACCUGGAAUGCUCCGUCAUGGCCAGCGCCGUCCUGGGACCGAAGAUCGACAUUCACUCUGGAGGCAUAGAUCUCGCGUUCCCACAUCAUGACAACGAGCUCGCGCAAUCCGAGGCCUACCAUAACUGCGGGUCAUGGGUCAAUUACUUUUUGCACACGGGUCAUCUGCACAUCGAGGGUCUGAAGAUGAGCAAGUCCCUGAAGAAUUUCAUCACCAUUGACGAAAUCCUGCAACGUUACAGCGCGCGUCAGCUUCGUCUGGCGUUCCUCACCCAACAAUGGAACGCCAAAGUCGAUUUCUCGGAGGCGAGCAUGUCCGGCGAAGUGAAAACCAUCGAAGCGGCGUUCAACAACUUCUUCACAAACGUGAAAGCGUUGAUUGAUCAGGCGCGGGCUCGCGGACCGAAGGUCGAUUCCCACCACGGGUAUGAGACGCCUGAGCGCGAACUGGUGGACAGUUUACAUCAGAGUCAGACUGCGUUCCGCGCUGCACUGUGCGACUCGUUCAACACGCCGGAGGCGCUCAACGUGCUUCGCGAGCUCGUCUCCAAGACGAAUAUAUACAUCAAUGCGCGCGGCGCUGCAAACGUGAACGUGACUGUUAUCGAAAACAACGCAAGAUGGGUGGGCGACAUGCUGCGGAUGUUCGGCCUUGGCGAAGGUGAACGUCGCGAGCUCGGUUGGGGCCAGGAACGGCCCGAGGGCGAGGAGAAUGUCAACCGAGAGGAGAUCCUGAUGCCCUACUUGCGCACCUUGUCCUCGUUCCGAGACAGCGUCCGUCAGGUGGCCAUCGCAAACCGCGAGAACGCACUGAAGGAGAUCUUGACCCUUUGCGACAAGCUCCGCGACAACGAUCUGGUCCCCUUGGGUGUAGCUCUCGACGAUCAGGAUGAUGGGAAGGCGCUCGUCAAACUCGUGAAUCCGGCGGAUCUCAUCCGGGCCCGUGACGAGAAGCGUGCAGCGCAAGAAGCAAAGGCCGCCGAGAAAGCUGCACGGGCCGAGGCCGAGCGUCGGAAGCGGAUCGCCCGGCUCGAGAAGGGGCGGGUCCCUCCCGAAGAAAUGUUCAAGCCCCCGAACGUGCCGGAGGGGACGUAUGGCAGCUGGGACGACAAGGGCAUACCGCUUACGGACGGCGAGGGGAAGGAGCUCAGCAAGAAUGCUAUCAAGAAGGCGACGAAGGAUUGGGGAAAUCAGAAGAAGUUACAUGAGGAGUGGACGGUCUGGCAGAAGGAGCAGGGCGGGGCGUAA